GAUUCAGAUGCUGCUCAAUGAAACAGACGGUGCGCCCGGACUCCUCUGACAGCGAAUGGAAAAUCACACCCGCUUCAACUUCACUGCGUCCAGUCACCAACUCUCUUAUAUCUUGCCCGUGAAUUAGCUUAUUUACAAGCGCCAGAAACGGACUGAAUAGAGUUUCGUGCAUAUUUACAAGGGCUUUACUCAAAUCAUCACGGACAAGAAAAGACGCGCGCUGUUUUUGCUCACCAACGGGACGCUCGCGCUCAAACAUCCACAUUCGCUCGUAGCCGGUUAUCCAGCCGCGUUUGCGCACACUCCGCUGGCUGCUUCAAGUCUUCAUAACAGCAACCGACCCUGCUAAAGCAGUCUUUAAAACCCCGUGAAACUCGGCGGACAGGACAGGACGAGCGGACGCAAGCACGAUGCAGCAUCCCCUGACGGGCGGAACGUGCGUCGCCCUGCCAAACGUGGACAUGUGUCCUCAGCUCUCCUGUGCCUUGACUUUCAUGUACUUACAGCAGGGUAAUCAAGACGCCCCAGCACCCCCAGAAACCAUGGCCCAGCCUUACCCAUCAGCGCAGUUCGCUCCCCCUCAGAACGGCAUUCCGGCUGAGUACACGCCGUCCCACCCUCACCCGACUCCGGACUACUCGGGCCAGACCCCCGUGGCAGAACACACGCUGAACAUGUACCCCCCUGCCCAGACGCACAGUGAGCCCAGCGGACCAGACAACAGCAUACAGGCGGUCUCCGGCACAGCCACACAGACAGACGAUUCAGCACAGACAGACAGCCAACAGCAAACACAGUCAUCUGAAAACACAGAAAACAAAACGCAGCCCAAGAGGCUCCACGUCUCCAACAUCCCCUUCAGGUUCAGAGAUCCAGACCUCAGGCAAAUGUUUGGCCAAUUUGGUAAAAUCUUAGAUGUUGAAAUAAUAUUUAAUGAACGAGGAUCAAAGGGUUUUGGUUUCGUAACUUUCGAAAAUAGUGCCGAUGCGGACAGGGCCAGAGAGAAAUUACACGGCACGGUGGUAGAAGGUCGUAAAAUAGAGGUUAACAAUGCAACAGCACGGGUAAUGACGAAUAAAAAGACCGUCAACCCAUAUGCAAACGGCUGGAAGUUGAAUCCAGUCAUGGGUGCAGUCUACAGCCCAGAAUUCUAUGCAGUGCCAGGCUUCCCAUACCCAGCAGCCACGGCGGCGGCGGCGGCGGCGGCGGCGUACAGAGGGGCACACUUAAGAGGAAGAGGGCGCACUGUCUACAAUACGUUCCGGGCAGCUGCACCUCCCCCACACAUCCCAGCCUAUGGGGGUGUUGUUUACCAGGACGGAUUUUAUGGUGCAGAUAUUUAUCGUGAUCUGACCAUCUCUCCGUGUUUCCACAGUUACGGACGAGUUUAUGCUGCCGACCCCUACAACCACGCACUUGCUCCAGCAGCCGCAUACAGCGUUGGUGCCAUGAAUGCUUUCGCUCCCUUGACUGAUGCCAAGACCAGAAGCCACGCCGACGAUGUGGGUCUCGUUCUUUCUUCUUUGCAGGCUAGUAUAUACCGAGGUGGAUACAGUCGUUUCGCGCCAUACUAAAAAAAAUAAAACCUUUCAAAACCUAUUGAGAAUCUUCCUGUGGGGGUAACGGAGGAGUAAUUCAGAGGCCUGGGUAUUGCAAUACAUGCAGUAGUGCAUCAUUUUAGCAUCUCUUAAGAGAGAGAAGACAAAAACGGAUAUUUUUCAUCUUAUACCUCAGAUAUUUUGUGCUGUGUAUUUUAAUAUUGUGGGUUUUUAAUUUCUAAAGAUUACGUAGAUUGUUGGCUGUAGAGGUUUCUGUGGUGAUCUAGA